AUGUCUAAAGAAUACGAAGGCCAAGACCCCAUGGCUAUCGCCCGCCAAGCAGAGCGUGACCUCAAUUCCCACCAAGCCAAACACGGCGUGAGCACCGCAGACUCAACCACCGAGUCCGGCGUCGACACCAGCGUCACCGACAGGUUCCCCGGCAGCACCAUCAAAGUCGGCUCCGCCGCAUCAGGCGCCGGCGACAACCGCGAAAUCCCCGUCGAUGAAGGAGGCGAUCUGAUCUCCAAGCCUGGCGAGAAGGGCGGAUCGGGCCAUCCAACCAAAGCACGAGACUUCGAGGGGCCGGGGGGACCAGAGACCAAGCAGGCGAUCUACGAGGAGGCAAACCCGGGGAACGAUGAUGUGAGGAACAAUGUCAGGCAGGGAACCGACACGAUCAGGCCGUCAGGGUAG